GGUGCCCUAUCGGGUUUUGCUUCAAGCAUCUGUCUCCAGCCUCUGGACCUGCUGAAGACACGGCUGCAACAAGGAGACAGCGUCCCGAACAAAAGGUGCUGUUCCAUGAUUAUCCAUGUCACACGCAAUGUUGUGGCUAGCGAAGGUCCGCUAGGUCUCUGGCGAGGCACUACAGCUACUCUGGCUCGCAAUGUCCCAGGUAUCGCAAUAUAUAUGACAGGGCUGAACUACGUUCGGACUGCACUAGCGAAAGUGCAGUACUUCGCUGCGUCUCCUCAACCGAGAGUCGAUGCCGGACGUGGAUCUGUCCUGCCCAAAUUAAAUAGCCAGGGUAAUCUGCUAGCUGGCGCAACGACGCGCGUUGCGGCAGGAUUUAUCCUGAACCCCUUCUCUGUGCUCAAAGCACGUUUCGAGAGCGGCCUCUACAAGUAUGAUAGCUUCCUGGCGUCAGUGGGUGUGAUAUUCCGUUCAGGGCCUUCGGAGCUAUUCCGGGGGUUCACAGCGUCAGCUUUGCGAGACGCGCCUUAUGCGGGCCUCUUCGUCGUAUUCUAUGAACGCCUCAAGAAAGAAACAAGUGAGCCCCUACCGGCUGCCUGGUCAUCUUCUGGGACUUCUUCAUUGAUGCACAGCAUAUCUGCCGCAUCUGCGGGUGGCCUUGCUACCCUCAGCACACAUCCUUUUGACGUUAUCAAGACUAAAGUGCAAGUCCGAUCGGAAGACCGUUACCGGGGGAUGCUUGUCACAAUCAGGACUAUCUUAGCCCAACGCGGAGUUGCAGGAUUCUUUGACGGCGUGUCGCUCCGAAUAGGCCGCAAGGUGCUCAGUUCCGCCAUAGGCUGGACAAUAUACGAAGCUGUCCUGAUGUUCAUGACGACACCGAGCAAAACAUGA